AAAAAAAAAAAAAAGCCAGACUUCUACCGGCAGUUAAGCUUUCCAACCAUUCCAGCGAUUUGUUCUCCGGGAGAUGUUUAUACCAGAAAAGGCUCAGCCGGGGGUAUCUAUCCGCUUCCCCUGUGCCUCGGGUCUUUGGUGGGGUUGCUAAAUGGCCCAGGCUAAGAUGAGCUGCUCCUCUCCGGAUCAUGGAAAACCUGGAAUCAAGGCUCAAGAAUGCCCCCUAUUUCCGCUGUGAGAAGGGAAGCGACCUGGUCCCCGUGUGCCAGAAGUGCGAGACGUGCGUGCUGGCGUGGAAGAUCUUUUCCACUAAAGAGUGGUUCCAGAGGAUCAGCGAGACGUGGCAGAGGCGGUUCCUCGUCAGCAUCCUGCAGCAGCUAAAUCAUCUGCACCUGCUCCACUAUUUCCAGACCAUCCUUCAGAGCACCCAGGGCAAGGACUUCGUCUACCACCGGGCCCGGAUCUCGCGCAGCCGCAAGGAAGGGAAGGUCGUGAGGUCGUCCUUGAACCAGAUGUUGGACAAGACAGUGGAGCAGAAGAUGAAGGAGAUAUUGUACUGGUUUGGGAACAGCACGCACCGGACCAAGGCCAAUUUCACCCUCUUGCUGCUGCAGAUAUGCAACCACAAACUGCUGCUCACUGCUGCCAAUGUGAUCCGAGUCCUGUUUGCCAGGGAGUGGAAGAGAGUUUCAGGGUUCGGUCCAGACUCUACUGAUGUGCUUUUUUUCCCUGAGAAAGACUACAACUCCAAGUCUGAGACCUCACACGUCUACUGGGCUGCCAGACCCAGGCCUGUAUCCUUCCCUUUGUCCAAAGCCUCAGGAAAUCAACACACCCCCUCGGAUAAUACCGUAAAAGCACUGGACACUGCGGGACCAUGGAGGAGUUCGCUCCAGUGUAUCUCGGAGAUGAAUAGGCUGUUUACUGGAAAAGCAAGCAUAUCCAAGCCAGGGUUCGACCCCUACAAUCUGCUCAUGAGCGUGGACGACAUCAGAGACCUGUCUUCUGGGUGCAGCAAAUACCGGGACUUUAUCCGCUACUUGCCCAUCCACCUUUCCAAGUACAUUCUAAGAAUGCUGGAUAAAAAUACCCUGAACAAGUGUGCCUCUGUGAGCCAGCACUGGGCCGCCAUGGCUCAGCAGGUCAAGAUGGAGUUGGCCAUGCAUACUUUCAUUCAGAACCAGGUUGCCGUGUUGCAGGGAUCCUUCAUGAGAGGAGUAGAUCCUAAUUACGCCAACAAACUGUCUAUCCCAGUUCCUAAAAUGGUAGAGGAUGGCAAGCGCACGCAAACGAAAAAUCCAAAAUUGAAACUGAGGACAAAGAAUGACUACAACCUGUGGACUGCAUACCAGAACCAAGAAACUCAGCAGAUCCAGAUGGAGGAGAGAAAUGUGUUCUGCGGGACCUACAAUAUCCGCAUUCUCUUUGACACGUGGGACCAGAACAGAGUCAUCCACUACUCUGGGGGAGAUUUAGUUGUUGUGUCAUCUAAUCGGAAGAUCCAUCUUCUGGAUAUCGUACACAUUAGAGAGGUACCCGUCGAGUUCCGAGGCCACGCCGGGAGCAUUCGGUCUCUUUUCUUGUGUGAGGAGGAAAACUUUCUCCUGAGCGGCAGCUAUGACCUAAGUAUCAGAUACUGGGAUCUGAAAAGUGGGGCUUGCCUCCGAAUCUUCAAUGGCCACCAGGGGACAGUCACGUGCAUGGAUUUAUUCAAGAACAAGCUCGUGUCUGGGGCAAAAGAUUGCCAGGUGAAAGAAUGGGAUGUAGACACAGGAAAGUGCCUGAGGACAUAUAAACACAAAGACCCCAUCUUGGCCAUCAGGAUCAAUGACACCUACAUCGUGAGCAGCUGCGAGCGAGGGCUAGUCAAAGUGUGGCAUGUUGACACGGCCCAGCUGGUAAAGACUCUCAUAGGCCAUGAGGGAGCCGUGAAGUGCGUGUUCUUUGACCAGUGGCAUCUCGUCUCGGGAGGCAGCGAUGGCCUGGUCAUGGCCUGGAGCAUGGUGGGGAAGUAUGAGCGGUGCCUGAUGGCCUUCAAGCAUCCAAAGGAGGUGCUCCACGUGUCUCUCCUCUACCUCCGAGUCAUCAGUGCCUGUGCGGAUGGCAAGAUCCGCAUUUAUAACUUCCUCAACGGGAACUGUCUGAAGGUGAUCAAAGCCAAUGGCAGAGGUGAUCCUGUGCUGUCCUUCUUUAUUCAGGGCAACAGGAUGUUGAUCAACACAGAGAGCAAUAUUCUCAUGUUCCAGUUUGAGCCUGUAAAGUGGCAGUACUCCACGGAAAGAAGUAAGUCGAAGAAGAAUAAGGACAGAGAGGAAGACAAGGAAGACAACGGUCUCAUGGACGCCCUGUCCAAGUCAAGCACUCAGGUUCACAGCCUGCGGGAGUCUGCGUCCAGUAAACAAACCGUGGCCCAGGACACUCUACUGAAUAAGCCCCACAAGUCCCGUGUCCUUAUGAAGGCAAACAAGGUAUCUUCAGUCACAUUAGCAGAGGAACGUCAAGGUCAAAGAAAGUCAAAAUCACCCAGAAAAGAUGUCAAGAAGAGAGCUUAUCCUGUUAACAAGGAAGCAAGUGUCCACGAUGGUGGGCAGGAGACUGUGGAGGCAAAAUCCGUGGCUGGAGAUAAGAUGAAUGAAGCAGAUGAUGUGCAGAAAGUACCAGAGCAAGGCCAAGUGACAACUCCUGUAGAACCAACCUAUCUCCAGAAGAACAAGCCCUGGAAAACCCCCAUGUCGCCUGAUCGGUUCCUCCUGACUGUCAAUGCUUUGCAGCAAGCCCACAGUUCCGGGAAAUUUGCUUACCCCCACAGGCCCCAAACGCAAGUCAUUGAUGCCUGGGGACCUUCCAUUCCAUACCCAAGGAAGGUCCUGAAUUUCAAAGGGAAAUCAAUCCAACAUGCAGUAGAUCAGCUGAGAGCCAGCAAUCCUCCCAUGGACGUGCAACAAACCAACAUUCCCCUGGAGAUCCAGAAGCUGCAGCCCAACUUGAAACGAUCUUUGCACAGCCCCCGGGUCCAGUCCACCAUCCCCCAGCCCAUGAUUAUCCGCUCCAAACUCUCCAGCAGCUCCCGGCACGAAGGUCAAGCGACCAGUUCAACUGCAGGGCCAGCGAGCAGCGUGGGCCCCCUGAGCAGUAGGCAGGUUUAUAAACCGAGCAGCAUGGUAGCGCCUCAAGUGGGCACGGCCACCCUGUCCCUCAAGAAAGAACGGCCUCGCCUGUGCAUGACCCUUGAUCCCCUUAGGAUGAACACUGAGUUUAUGCUGUUGACCGUGAAGGAGGAGGAAGAGUACAAGGAAGCCAAGAUGAAGGAGUAUCAGACUUAUGAGUCCAUUGGAGUGGUUGACCUGGGAAAAGCCAGCAGAGCUGCGUGGAUCAGGAAGAUCAAAGGCCUGCCCAUUGAUAAUUUCAUAAAAGCAGGCAAAAUCGCAGCCCCUGAACUUGGACACAACAUAUUUAUCUAAACCAGCCUUGGGAAAUGACAGUGUCUUACAAUAAACAGAAGGUCAAGUGGA